GUGGUGCGCGGGCGGACUGCCUCGCUUUACGGCCCGGGCGACAGUCGCCGCUCCCUCGCCGCCUGCUCCCUCAAGAUGGCGUCGGGCAGCGGGACCAAGAACCUGGACUUCCGCCGGAAGUGGGACAAGGAUGAGUAUGAGAAGCUGGCAGAGAAGAGGCUCACGGAAGAGAGAGAGAAGAAAGAUGGCAAACCAGCCCAGCCCGUCAAGAGGGAACUGCUGCGGCACCGCGACUACAAAGUGGACCUGGAAUCCAAGCUGGGCAAAACCAUUGUCAUCACCAAAACCACUCCCCAGUCCGAGAUGGGAGGGUAUUACUGCAACGUCUGCGACUGCGUGGUGAAAGAUUCCAUCAACUUCCUGGAUCACAUCAAUGGCAAAAAACACCAGAGAAACCUGGGCAUGUCCAUGCGGGUGGAGCGCUCCACGCUGGACCAGGUGAAGAAACGCUUUGAGGUGAACAAGAAGAAGAUGGAGGAGAAGCAGAAGGACUAUGACUUUGAGGAGAGGAUGAAGGAGCUCCGUGAGGAGGAGGAGAAGGCCAAAGCCUACAAGAAGGAGAAGCAGAGAGAGAAGAAGAGGCGGGCAGAGGAAGACCUGACCUUUGAAGAGGAUGAUGAAAUGGCAGCAGUGAUGGGUUUCUCUGGUUUUGGCUCAACCAAAAAGAAUCACUGAGCAGCUCUGGACUCUCCUCUUUCUUGAAACAGAUUGUUUUUACCCAGGGGACUCUGGAUAUCUCUUAAAAGACUUGAUUGAGGACUUGUAUGUAAACCUCCCAGUAGAAGUCAGCUGGAGGAGUCGAAAAAGCAAUUCCCUGCUCUGCCUGUGCUGCAGAACCAGCCCCGCCUGUCAUUAGCUUCCCAUCUCCUCCUGUGUCCUAGAUCCAGCUGCUCAUCCCCACUCCACAGCCUCCUGCACGCAGGGAAGUGUUCUGCUGGGUGCCUUUUUGUGUCAGUGAAGUGCAGCAGUGCUGUGCAGGUGGCCUGGUUCAGGAUUCAUCUAGAUGUCAACCAGGCAUGGUUGUUCCAGGCCCUGGUUGUUGCAGUUGUCACCCAGGCCUUGUGUUUGAGAUCGUGUUUCUGUUUGGAUCCUGCAGCUGAAGGAAAGGUGCCUCAGUGAGCAUCUCCAUGCUGCAUCUCCAUGAGAGCUGCGGGCUGCCUGGAGCCUGGGGCACCAAAACUUGCCUCUGUAUUUUACUCUCCAAGGGUUACUUCCCUGCUUCUCUUUGUGUUUCGUCCCAUAACUUUGUUAUCUUUAAGGCAGGGGAGAAAUUCCCGCCCCACAACUGAUCUAGGGUGGAGUGGAUGAGAGAAACGUGUGUGCAAUUGGCCAGAAAUAAAUGGAUCAUUUUAAUGA